AUUAUAACGAAACACGUGCGGGUGUCAUAGGUUCGGCGAGGUACAAUAUCUUAAGCAUUAAAAAAAAUUCAGUAUUCUAAAUUAAUUACUAUGUGUUCGUUAUAACUGUACUAAUUGUUAGUUAACUUAUAUUUUAUGACUUUUAUAUCAAUUGACAUUUAAUAAUUCAUCAAUAUGUUGGUUUUAUUCGAGACUUCUGCUGGUUAUGCAAUAUUCAAGUUAUUAGACGAAAAGAAACUGAAAAAUGUCGCCGACCUUUAUAACUAUUUCCAGACACCAGAGGAGUCAAAUAAAAUUGUGACUUUGAAACAUUUUCAAAAAUUUGAAGAUACUACUGAAGCCUUAGCAUCAGUUGCAUCACUAAUUGAAGGGAAAUUGAGCAAAUCCUUGAAAAAGGUCAUCAAGUCUCAUGUCGGUAGUAAUGAAUCAUUAAUGGUAGCCGAUCCUAAAUUAGGUUCUGCUAUUAAAGAAAAGUUCAAUAUAAGUAUAGUGUCUAAUACAGCAGCUUCUGAUUUACUGAGAUGUAUCAGGUCACAAUUUGAUAACUUAAUAGUAGGUCUUCCAAAGAAAGACUUGACAGCUAUGUCUUUAGGUCUUGCUCACAGUUUAUCUCGGUAUAAACUUAAAUUUAGUCCUGAUAAAAUAGAUACUAUGAUUGUUCAAGCAAUUGGUUUAUUGGAUGAAUUAGAUAAAGAAGUGAAUAAUUAUAUUAUGAGAUGUAGAGAAUGGUAUGGUUGGCAUUUUCCAGAACUUGGAAAGAUCCUUACUGACAAUUUAGAAUAUGUUAAAACAAUUAAAGCUCUUGGUAUGAGAGAAAAUGCUAAAUCUAUUGAUUUGUCAGCUAUUCUAAGUCCUGCUUUAGAAGAACAAGUGAAGACAGCAGCUGAAAUUUCAAUGGGUACUGAAAUAGCAGAAGAUGAUAUUCUUCAUAUUGUUCAAAUGUGUGAUGAGAUACUAGAUAUAUCAACUUAUCGAACAUCUCUUUCGGACUAUUUGAAAUCUCGAAUGAUGGCAGUAGCGCCUAAUGUAACUGUUCUUCUUGGUGAUUUAGUUGGAGCAAGAAUACUAGCUCAAGGAGGUUCAUUGGUCAAUGUAGCUAAAAUGCCUGCUUCUACAAUUCAACUUUGUGGAGCUGAAAAAGCUCUAUUUAGAGCUCUUAAAAAAAAACACGACACACCCAAAUAUGGUCUUAUUUAUCAUUCCAGUUUAGUGGGUAGGGCAACAGCAAAAGUUAAAGGCAGAAUGUCUCGAAUGUUGGCUGCUAAAGUAGCAUUAGCGGCUCGAUUUGAUGCAUUUGGUGAAUCUGAUACAAUAAGUAUGGAUUUAGGUACAAAUCAUCUAUCUAAUUUAGAAUACAAACUUCGUCUAAUGGAAGAAGGUUCUAUGACAAGGAUAAGUGGAACUUCAAAAGCAAAAGCAAAGUUUGAAAAAUACCAAGUUAAGAGAGAGGUUGUUCAAUAUUCAGUUGCAGCUGACUCUACUAUACCCAGUAAACGUAAACUAGAAGAAGCCGAAAUAAAACAAGAAUAUAAUGAUAAAUUAACAUUGAAAGAGGUUAAGCAAGAACCAGAUGAUGAAACUCAACAGCCACCUAAGAAAAAAAAGAAGAAAAACAAGGACCAAGCUAAUAGUGAUUCUAACUUGGAAAAUGGUUCUGAUAUGAAAGUUAAAAGUGAACAAAAUUCAAUAGUUGAUGAAGGUCAAACUCCAAAAGAAAAAAAAAAGAAGAAGAAGAGAAAUGCAGAAAACAUAGAAGUAGAAGAAACUAAUGUUAUUGAAAAUGAAACUCCAAGUAAAAAAAAGAAAAAGCAAAAUAAUAAUCUUUUAACCGAUGAUGUUGAAACUUCAAUUAAUGAAUCUGUUGUUGAAUCUGGCAAAAAGAAAAAGAAAAAAAAUAAAGGUGGUGUACAAGAUGAUAAUGAAGUUGCUGCAACUUUAGUACAAGAAGAUAUAGUAACCAAAAAGAAGAAAAAAAAAUCUAAAGGGUUAGAGUAGCGAUUAAAAUAUUUCUUUGUAUUCUAUUCAUUAUUAUUAAUUAAGAAUUUUCUUAAUUGUAUUUUCUGUAUUUAAUUUAGUCUAAUGAUAAAUAGACUCAAAUUAAUAAAAAUAAAAUGAUUAUUUAAAUAUUA